CCCGCCGAGAGCGCCCGCCAUCUUUGUCAGAUUCAAUGAGGCAAGGGCUGCUAACUUCUCUCCGCAGGAGGGGAGAAAAUAAAGCAGCCGAGUUUCAUACGGAUACGAUUCAUUGAAUGGUGUAGUAGAAAGGUCUCAGAGCUUUGACCACACACCGGGGCAAUGUUUUACGCCCACUUCGUCCUCAGCAAACGUGGGCCGCUGGCUAAAAUCUGGCUGGCGGCCCACUGGGACAAGAAGCUGACCAAAGCUCAUGUCUUUGAAUGCAACUUGGAGAGCAGUGUGGAAAGCAUCAUUUCUCCAAAGGUGAAAAUGGCCCUUCGUACAUCUGGCCAUCUUCUCUUGGGUGUGGUGAGGAUCUACCACAGAAAAGCCAAAUAUCUUCUGGCUGAUUGUAAUGAAGCCUUUAUUAAGAUCAAAAUGGCUUUCCGCCCAGGUGUUGUGGAUCUGCCAGAGGACAAUCGUGAGGCUGCUUAUAAUGCCAUCACCUUGCCAGAGGAGUUCCACGAUUUUGACCAGCCGCUUCCUGAUCUUGACGAUAUCGAUGUGGCGCAGCAGUUCACUCUGAACCAGAGUCGUGUUGAGGAGAUCACCAUGAGGGAGGAGGUUGCGAACAUCAGCCUCAUGGCCGACAAUGACUUUGGUGACUUUGGCAUGGAUGAUCGUGAGAUGAUGAGAGAGGAGAAUGAUUUGGACAUCAUUCACGGUUCUUCUGCCUCCAACCUGCUUUUGGAGCCUGAGCCUGGUCCUGCCCAUCUCCCAGACAAAUCAACGAACCUCGACUAUGAUGACUUUGGGGAAAACAACCUGGACAGUAGUGAUGGUGGAAUUCUGGUGGAUAAGCUUCUGAGCAAUGAAGAUGGUGGUGGCAUAUUCGAUGAUCCUCCUGCCAUCCCUGACAGCGUGAUGAUGCCACAAGACCACGGUGAUGAUGAAGAUGACUUUGAUAACUUUUCUCCUGUUGGCGGUCCUGACAGUCCAGAUUCUGGGCCAGCCGAGCCUCUUCCCAACACCACGGACCAGACAGAACAAACCACUCUGGUUCCCAAUGAAGAAGAAGCCUUCGCUCUUGAGCCCAUUGAUAUUACUGUGAAAGAAACCAAGGCUAAACGAAAGAGGAAGCUCAUCGUCGACAGCUUGAAAGAGUUGGACAGCAAGACCAUCCGUGCCCAGUUGAGCGACUACUCGGACAUCGUUACCACACUGGAUUUGGCUCCUCCCACGAAGAAGCUGAUGAUGUGGAAGGAGACGGGAGGUGUAGAGAAGCUCUUCUCACUGCCUGCGCAGCCCCUCUGGAACGGCCGGCUCUUGAAGAUGUUUACACGCUGUUUGACCCCACUGGUGCCUGAUGAUCUGAGGAAGAGGAGAAAGGGAGGAGAGGCCGACAGCUUGGAGGACUUCCUGAAGGAGCUGGAGAAUCCAGAGGUGCCAAGAGAGGAGGCACUGGGACACAGGAGUGAUGUGAUUGAUCAGACCAUCAUGGAGGAGCCCAGUAUGCUGCAGGCUUCUUCUAUGGAGGGCAGCAGAACUGCUCUGGAUGAGUCCAUGAUGCCUCCUCCAUCUCGCCAGCGCGGAAUGAAGCGCAAGACUCUCGAGAAGGACGCAGCUUUGCCUCAAAUGAGUGUGUUGGAACAGACACUGCCUCCCAUGGAUCAGUCAGUUCUUUCCCAGCAGUUGGAAAUGCCUCAGGUGGAUCUUCCUCCAGAGGAUUGUACCAACCUCUCUAGACUGGUCCCUGAGCUGGACCUGCUGGACGAAAAGGGCAAAGACAAGGAUGACAGCGAGGAGGAGGGUGAAGAGGGUCAAUCAGGAGACCAGGACCAAGAGGAAAGACGGUGGAACAAGAGAACUCAGCAGAUGCUUUACGGACUUCAGCGUGUGGUGGCUAAAACCGGAGCCCAGUCUAUCAGCCUGCUCGAUCUGUGCAGAAACAAUAACAAGAAACAGGCUGCUGCAAAGUUCUACAGCUUCCUUGUGCUCAAGAAACAGCAGGCCAUUGACCUGACCCAGGUCGAGCCGUACAGUGACAUCGUCGCCACGGCAGGACCACGGUUCCAUAUUGUAUAGAUGCGUUAAACUCUAUUGUUUUAGUAGUUGUAUUUAACAGUUUUGUUUUGCUACUGUUGCUUGUUUUUUUGUAUCUGUUUUGUCCUUUUGGGGCCAAUUUGUUUUUUAAGGUAAAAGCCCAAUAGAUCAUGAAAACAUUGUUCCCAAAUAUAGUAAGGAGUUAUAUGCAAGUACAUAUUGGACUUUUACAAUGUCAAGACCAUUGGGAUAAUUCAGUCUAUUGUUGGUCUUUUAUUGUUUUUCAGUUUUGUUUUAUUUUCCUUCAUAAUCUUUGUUUCAGUACGUUUUACAUUGUAGUAGAGUUAGAUGUGUACAUUUUAACUUUUUAAUAAUGUCACAAUUGAGAGGAAAAGGUUUAUUUUUGGAAACCUAAGUGGAAACAAUAGCUCAAUGUUUUGUAUCUCUCUUUUAAUGGCAAUUACGAUUAUUAAAGGUUUGUUUAACUCGUUCGUACAAUUGGAAUUUUAUGCACUUGUUAUGAUUCAAUUUUGAUUAAAAACUUUCCUAAAAGUGAAACUCGUUAAU